AUGUGCGGAGAAGAGAACAUUCUGGACCUUCAGAGGGCGACAUCCCGCCAUGUUUCCUCCACGCGGUCGUUCAUCUUCAAACGAAGAAGACUCUAGGAGAGAAGAAGAGGAAGAAGAGGAGGAGGAGUGUCCCUGCUGCCACUUCCACGCGACAUUGAUCUUAUGACAUGUCUGCUGUUUGUGUGAGGUGGCUUCUGAGCCACGCAGCCAGGACGGCGUCCAGCAUCGGACCUCCCCUCUGGAGCCCCGCUUCACGACCAACGACGCUCAGCAGAAGAUUCUGCGUCUUUGCCGGCUCCUGGAGCCGACCUUUCUCCACAGAGGUCAGCGAUGCAGAGAAGACUCCUCCGGCGAAGAAGAAGAAGAACACUCCGGCGCACGCCUCCAUCAGCAGCGUGGGCCGUAAGAUCCCCCACAGAGAGAUCCAGGUGAUCAGCGAGGCCGGAGAGAACCUGGGCACCAUGCACCGGGCGGACGUCAUCAAAAUCAUGGACCAGAAGAGCCUGAAACUGGUGCUGCUGAGUGAAAACAGAGAGCCGCCAGUUUACCAGCUGAUGAGUGGCAAGCAGAUCCACGAGGAGCAGCUGAGGCAGCGGGAGAAAAGCAAGACGAAAGCACCUCCUCCUCAGAUGAAGGAGCUCACCUUCUCUGUGGGCAUCGCAUCUCAUGACCUCUCCACCAAGCUGAAGCAGGUGGAGAGCUGGCUGGAGAAAAAGCACCACGUGAGGAUGACGGUGCGCGGCGGACACGCAGAACCUGCUGUAUCUCUGGAUGUGGCGCUGGAGCAAAUGGUUGAACAAAUGGAUGUGAUGGUGGCUUUUGUCUCUAAGCCCAAAGUCAUUAAAGACGGGAGGGCGGCCAUGUGCAUCCUCCGGCCGCCAUCAGCAAAAGAACUGUCACAGAAAGGAAAAAGCAAAACCGAGGAGAAAAAACCUCCAAGUACCACGUCUGAGGCCUUCAGCAGCACAACCGAAGAGUCCACGAAGCUGUGACAGUAAUAAAAGCUUUUUUAGUCACAGAAAA